GCUGUAAUGCGCGUUCCCGACACAGAGGGAACAGAUUUUCACAGGGGAACCGAAUUGUGUUCUGUUUCGCCAUUUCCUGUUUACAGCCAGGUGUGCCGCUCAGUGUGCGGAACACGACAGACGCCACAGUGUCAGGAGUAACAUGGACUCAAGCCACCGAACCUCUCUGCGCUUCAGAAGAGGCGCACAGUUAAAGGUUGUGUGUCUCUUCCUGGUUGCUGUCGGCUUUGGCCCUGCUAUUGGUGUGAACAUCAAUGUUACAGUUGGAGACAAUGUCACUCUGCCAUGUGAAGCCAACGACUACAGGCCUUUAGAAGUUGUGGAGUGGAGCAGACCUGGGACAGAGAUGGAAUAUGUUCUAAUGUUUAACAACCCAGAUCUGGAAAUCCCAGAACAAAGGUUCAAGGGUCGAGUUGAUCUGGUGGACAUGGAGAAAGGAAACGUGUCUUUGAAGCUGAGGAACGUGAAACUUGAGGACAGAGGAACAUAUGAGUGUUAUGUUCAGGGAGAAACAAAAAGCAAUAAGAGAGACAUGCAGCCAUUCAACACUGUCUACCUUCAUGUAGCUCCUGCUGCUCCUCCUGCUGCUGCUCCUGCUGCUCCUCCUGCUGCUCCUCCAGGUGGAGGACACAUUGGACCGGUUCUGAAGGUGGUUGCUGUGGUUGCUGUUCUGGCUCCUCUGGUUGGGUUUGUCUGGAAGAAGAGAAAUGUUUCUCCUCCCCAGGAUGAAACUGUAGAGACUCUUCAGGCCUGACUAGCAGCUGUAAACAUCAGCAGAUCUUGUUCUUCUGCUUUGCCCUGCUUACAUCAGUGUAACCCAGCCAUUAGACGGACACAAGACCAAACAUUGCUAAUGCCGGUCCCAAACCCGGAAAAUGGAGAGGGUUACUGAGGAAGGUUGUUUUCCACAGCUGCAUAAGGACCAGACCUUCUUGCCUCUUGCUUUCCUUUCUAAUCAUUGUAUGAAAACUUCCAUGUUGUCUCUGCCUGGCAGAGCUUAGUGAGCUGGGUUAGACUUGAAUCCAGACCGGCUUGAUUAUCUUAUGAGCUUUUAUAAUUGUGCAGAAUGCAUGAAUGAACCUGAUUGAGUGCUUCUACCUGAACAGUCCUUAGAAAGAGUUUUUUUGCAUGACACCAGUCAGCUCAGUGGCCUGCAGCCUGUUUCCUGUUAGCACAUCCUGUUCAUCUCGUCUGAACCACAGAAACCAGCUGCUGCUGGUUUCUGUGGUUCUGUGGCUGCUGGUUUCAGCGUCUUCACUUUAACUGAAACUGGUCUCAACCAGAUUUCAGCACAAAUAAACCAGUGUUGGUGAAAACGUGGCCUGUUUCCACCUGUCUGGUCUGUUAGUGGCCAUGUUCACAUGAACGUAGCGCGACGCUCUGCUCUGUCUUGGUUCCAGUGGCUUUGUGGGCGUCUCUCACAGAAGUCCAGCUGUUGCAGGAACCAUUUCACUUUAAAGCUGAAGAACAGAACUGACUCCUACAAUCUGGAUCAGAAGACCGUAGCAGAAGAACUGGGAGCAACCAUUUUAAGACCUUUGUUUUAUUUUAAAGCACGACUCUUGGGAGUGUGAGCAGCAUGAACCCUGAGGAAGAGCAACCAGAGACAUGAACUCAGUCAGUUCCUGCCAGAACUAUUGGAUCUGAACCAGGAACUGUGCAGAACACGAAGGAAAGGCCUUGUUUCCAGCCCUCAUCAUCAUGGUUACAUCCUGAACAACCUUCUUCCCAGUCGGCCAUGUUGGUUUUCUCUGGACUCACGUUUGGCCUCAGAGAUUUUGUAAAGUUUCGUCUGAAUGUUGGUGAAUGAAACUGGAUCAAGUUUUUAUGACUCCUUGCUUAUGAAGCUCUUCACACUGAAGCAGGUUUUGUGAUAUUCUUGGCUUGGAAGAAUCACACAGACAACAUGUUGGUAUCAUGUCUUUAUAUGGGGGAACAUUCAACCACAUCAAUACUGAUUUUCAGCUGACACAUUGUAAUAAACUGGCCGACUCAGAA